UAAAUCGAAAACUUAGCAUUUUAGCUUUCGUCAUGACAAUUAAAAUUAGUCCAUUCUGAAAAUCCUUGGGGAUUGGUUAAAUGGAAUGCACCCUGGCAUUUAUUAUACUUUAAAUUUUAUUCUAACACUUUAUGAGACCCUUCCAAUUGUGCCCCUAACUAAACCCUAGACCAAUCUUAAAUUCCUCCCUCCCAAUUCUGAGCUCAACCUCAAUAAUGGUGACCCCUAUGUAAUUAUUGUUGUGUAUUUUGAUGUCAUUCUUUUAUCCAUUCUGUUCAACUUUUCUUUCUAGGUUUGAUUGUCAGGAAUGACAUGAGAUCUCAAUAUAUUUUAGAGAGCUUAUUUUGGAGAGAUGUCAGCUGACAGAAAAUUUUGUGCCACCAUCCACAUCAAGCCAAACAACAGGCACUGUUUUGUUGAACUCUCAAACUCUAUUGCAAAACAAUUCACAUCAACAAUCUCUGAUAAACUGCCGCCUAUUGUUGGUAUUGAAAGUUCUUCUGGAGCCAUUGCCUUUGCAUCCUGGAGACCUCAUAAAUCUACUCAAAUUUCCCCAGACGACCAAGUGCUGUUUUUAGGAAAAGGAUUUGCAGACUGUUUGUCUCUAAAGAGAGAUGACUCGGUUCUUGUUUAUUUUGUCACAAAUGCUGUUCCUUUGGAAAAGGUCUUCAUUGCUCCAAUAAAGAACCAAGAAUGGGAAAUACUUGAGCUGAAUACCCAACUGAUAGAGGCAACUCUUCUGGACCAAAUAAGAGUUGCCUAUUCUGCACUAGAAUUUCCUAUAUUUCUUAAAGGAUCAGCUAUUGUGAAUGCCAAAGUUGAAUCUGUAUAUCCUAAUGUAAAAGUUGGAUAUCUAGAAGAAUUCACAGAGCUCCAUAUUGCUCCGGAGCUUACAAAGAAAUCUGUUAUUUCCAGAGACGAGAGAAAGAUAUCUAGAAAAUUUGAUGGUCUAUUUAAGAAAAAUCUCCAAACAAAGACCACUACCAUGUGCGAGAAAUCAGAUAGUACUCUCUCAUCGUUAUGGAACUUCAUAGUGAAACAAGGUCCAGAAGAGAUAAAAGAAUUUAAUGAAAACACUAUUCAUGCAAAUACACAUUCAAGACCCACAGCUUCCUUUUGCACUGGGCAGGAAAUAAUUAACGAAACAAAGCACAUUAGCGAAGUUUUAAGAAUUCAUCCUGUUGUUCCUAGGAAAAACGACACGCAAAGUAGAAGUUUAUUUACCCUCAACUACCAUCCUUUUCGUUGUUUUGUAAGUUUGAGCACCUUCAAGUCAAUCAAACGUCAGUGCACCUGUGUAUUUAGACAGAAGACUGACAAACUGAUAAUGAAAAUAAAAAAAAUUCCAUCUCCAAGACAAAAAGAUGAAUGGAGAAAGAUCAAAGCAAGAAAUGCAGAUAAUUCAUCGGUCGCAGAGAAUGAAAAGUCCGCUAUUAUUGAAAUCGUUCCUGUAAACGACGACCAGUUUCCUGAACAACUUCAAAUGAAAAAUAUGGCUGUUAGCUUGGAGGUUAUGGCAUUCUUGAAUGCAGACCAAGGGUCACUGACAGAGAUUGAAUGCUUGCACAAAGAUGCAUCUAGUAUGUUGGGAAUUAUCAUCAAUGUUCUCAGCAAAAAGGUACCAGGCCUGGACACUGAAAAGGUUACUGAAAUAUUCCGAGGUUGGGCAGAACGAAAGAUUCAGUCACAUCAAGACCAAAUUUUAUUGAACGAUUCAACUAUAUUGGAAAUUAACAAACUGGAAGAACCGGCUGUAGUGGUUUCCCUUGACUUUUUGACCGCGAAAGAGAACGAGUCGUCAGAACACAGUUAUUUCUUUCUCAACGGAGAUAGUUUGACCGCAACAUCGUUGGUUGCAAAUUUCCGUACGAAAGAAGAAGCUAAAAAGCUGGCAAAUUACCAGAAUCGUGAUAGAAUUUUGGAAAACUUCAAGCUUUUCAAAGAGGAUCAGUUAGGGGGAUUUUCUGAUUUGAUAGCCAGAGGAAUUGCGUAUCUCAAUAGCAUAUUGAAGCCUCAAAACAUCAAAGAGUUUUCGGGUUUUCCUUACGCUGACAAAACCGCGUAUAGAAGCACGAAGCAAUAUGGAAGAUUUCAGGCUUUGCCUACGCCAGGGUACAUACAAACUCAAGGACCAGUUCUGUCAUACAUAAAUAUGGCGGACACGGCCUCGAUUCGAUACAAUAUAGGGUUUACUCAAAAAAUUGAAGGGAAGAAGCAGGAAAAAGGAAACAAACCUCAUUCAUGA